CAAAAUUGUGCGCUCGUUGAUGGUGGCCAGGUUUAACCUAAAACCAGCUUAUCGUAUGACACGGACAUACAAAGGCGCAAACACCCCUUUCAUCUACUGCACUGCACCAUGUGGCGCCUGGAUGGCCAUGAGGUGCUCCGCAGUUGUCUCGACUAUUUGGUUAGCGGGAUGAUAGAAGCACUAGGGAAUGCCGAUCAGCCUGGCCCAAGUGUGCGCCCCGUGGAAUUGAAGGCUGCUCCACAAUUGCAUCUGCGAUUGUCGUUUCCAGAUCAAUUCCGCUCCGGUGUAUCUUACCCAGAAGUUGGCAUGUUCCGGCGGCCGGCCCAGAUGGAAUUUGCGAUUGACGUCUUGACGGGCCGGCUCACCAUGGUUGAAGGGUGGAGGCUAGAAUUUGCGGGAACAUCAUUGAUCGAACCCCAAUUGCAGGAUUCUUCCAAGAGCCGAUACAGGAAAUCCUGGGAGACUAAUGACUUCAUUGACCGGCCACUCCCUUCCUGAAGCGUCAGGCAAAGUCUCAAUUUUGAUGUUUCGUGUCCGUCGGUUUUAAUGAACCGCGCUUCGAAAUUAGCGGUGACGGUUACAGUAGAUGCCGAAGGAAGCGAGGUCAGAGAUAGAUGGUCCCCAUAGAUCCGUAGAGACCAUCCGCCGAGACCAUCAUUGGGUACGGAUAGUAAAUGCGCACUCCGGGCCCAGUUCGCUCGAUGCUUUGAUUCGCAGAACGGUUAAUGGCGCAUCCUCGCGCGCCCCAAAUUAAUCGACGGCGUCCGGAGAAAACGCCCAACCCAAAAUUCAUGGUCAAAGGAUGGUCCUAGUAUUAAGCAUUUCACUGCUAACGGCUGCCAAAAGCCGUAUUUGAUCUUGAGAUGGGUGACGGCCAGAGCUUGUUGCUGAGCUUUUCGAGCAGAUGUAGAUCAGCACUAUAUGAAGGGUCCAGCCACAAUGAGCAGGUACCAACGAAG